AUUAAACAUUAAGUUUCCGCAGCUCCAGUACGACGCAAGGAUUUUGUUUCAUCUCAGUAUAAAAUACAAGCACGCUUUUCAGUAACUUCUGUACGCAUCUGUAGAUAAAGACAUUAAAAAAAAUACAAAAUUAAAAAAACGUCGGUUGACGCGAGUCAGUCAGUGGAAUUAACGCGGGAAACGCGUCGUCAGCGUUAAUCCGUGAGGAGACACUGCAGGCGGAGAGAUGAAACUUCCCUCGCCGGAACCGAGAGCAGGAAAGGCUGGAAAAAGCGGAAAUAAACAGUCGCGCUACACGCCACAAGAGGAACUGCAGUUAUGGGCGGAAUCCGAGGCUAGUGCGCACUACAGAGAGCACCGCGAGUCGCACUCGUGAGGAUGUGGAUCACUCCUGAAGAAGUCGCGCUGAAAAACGCGCUGAAGCUUUGGGUGACGGACAGAUCUAACGAUUACUUCCUCCUGCAGCACCGGCGAGGACACGGAGACACGGGAGGGAAGAUCACAGGUUUGCUGGUGGGUGCGUUGGACACAGUGUUGGACUCAAAUGCGCGUGUGGCCCCGUUCCGGGUCGUUCUGCAUGUCCCCGGGUCACAGGUCAGCUGGGUCAUAGCCAGCGGAGCCACGCUAGAGGAGGUGCAGAGACACUGGAGAUGGCUGGAUCAGAACCUGCUGCCCUACAUGGCUGUGUUUGAGAAUAAAGAAGAUGCUGCCAGUUUUGUGCUGGGCAAAGUGAAAGGUUUAAUCGCGGAGGAGGUUUUGGGUGGUCAGGCUGCACUGGAAGAUUAUCCAGCUCGCUUCAGGGAAGAUCUGGCCCGGUUCGAGCAGCGCUUCGGCCUCCCUCAGCGAGAGAAGCUGGUGACGCAUUACUCCUGCUGCUGCUGGAAGGGCCACGUGCCUCGCCAGGGCUCACUGUACCUCACCACCAACCACAUCGCCUUCUACUCAUUCCUACUGGGCAAAGAGGUGAAGCUGUUAGUUCCGUGGGCUGAAGUGACGCGGCUGGAACGCGUAUCUGUGGGUUUGCUGACAGAUGUGAUCCGCGUUCACACAAGACGGAAACAGAGGGAGUUCUCCAUGUUUCUGAACGUGGACGAGGUGAUGAGGGUCAUGUGUCAGCUGGCUGAUAUCGCCCUCCGCAGGCUCCUGGACAGCGGUGGACUCACACUCGACCAGUCACUGCAGGACUCCAACAACAUCACCAAGAGGGUGUUGGAAGAACAGGCUCUCAGGCAGUAUGUGCUCUCUCUCUUUGGCUUGCCACGGGCCGAGCGUCUGCAGGAAGUGAUGUCAUGCUCGGUUUGGACUCCUCACGCCCGCUGCCACACGCCGGGCACGGUCUACAGCACAGACGGGUAUCUGUGCUUCAGCAGCCGUGAGGAGGGCCAGUGUGCUCUCAUCAUACCCCUCACAGAGAUCCUCUCCAUUGAGAAGGCCGAGAGCACCAGUGCUCUUCCUAACCCCGUGAUCAUCAGCGUCCGCUGUAAGAGAGCGUUCCAGCUGAUCGAGCUGCUCCAUCGGGACCAGCUGGUGGAGAGCGUCAGACACCGGCUGAGAGAUCUGCACUGGAAACACAACCUUAUCAGCGGACACGACCAGCGCAAGAAGUCCUCGAUCUCCAGCACACCAUACUACACUUUCUGUUACGACACCGUCCAAUCAGACGACGAGGACAGCAGCGACAUCAUCUCUGAUAAAGCUCUGCGUCACAGCGUCCACACAGACCUCAUGUCCAGCUUCCACCCCAGCCAAUCAGACGCUCCGAACAAGACCAGUAACACGGAGCAGGUUCGAGAGCGACUGUGGGACGAACACUUCACGGAGUUCGGCCGCGGCGUUCACAUGUUCCGCACGGAUAAGAUCCGUAAGCUGGUGGCGCUGGGGAUCCCCGAGUCUCUGCGCGGAGAGCUGUGGCUCAACUUCUCCGACGCGUGUUCCUCGCUGGCAGCUCAUCCCAGCUACUACACGGAUCUGCUGGAGAAGUGCAGAGGAGAAAGCAGCAUCGCCACCGAGGAGAUCGAGCGAGAUCUGCACCGCUCGCUGCCGGAGCAUCCAGCCUUCCAGAACGAGACGGGGAUCUCAGCGCUGCGCCGCGUCCUGACCGCCUACGCCUUCAGGAACCCCGCCAUCGGCUACUGCCAGUCCAUGAACAUCCUGGCCUCUGUGAUGCUGCUGUACACUAAAGAGGAGGAAGCGUUCUGGCUGCUGGUCACUGUGUGCGAGCGCAUGCUGCCCGAUUACUUCAACCGCAGGGUCAUCGGAGCUCAGGUGGAUCAGUCGGUGUUGGAGGAGCUGAUCCGUGAGCGUCUGCCGGAGCUGUCCGAGCGUGUUCCUGACCUCUCUCCGCUGGCGUCGGCUUCGCUCACGUGGUUCCUGACGCUGUUCCUCAGUGUCCUGCCCUUCCGCAGCGCUCUGUGUGUCCUCGACUCCUUCUUCUACCACGGCAUCAGAGCCAUCUUCCAGAUCUCUCUGGCGGUGCUGGACGCUAACAUGGCCGAGCUCAGCGCCUGCAGUGACGACGGACAUGCGCUCAUGAUCCUGACCAGUUUCCUGGAGCAGGUCAGACACGAGGAGGACUCACACGUUUGUGCUGAAGACGCAGGAGCUUCUCAUCGUCUGAACAUCACCACGCUCAUCACAGAUGCCCACGAGAAGUUCGGCGGUGUGUCUGUGAAGCAUGUGGAGAUGUUGAGGAGCCGUCAGCGUGUUCAGGUGCUGCAGGCGCACGAGGACUCCACCAAAGACAACGCACUGCGCUUGGUCACUCCAGACGUGUCUCUGUCGCAGCGAGAUCUGUCGGAGCUCUACGAUCUCUUCAAGACGGAGCACUUCAUCAGUCUGUACUGGGGUGAUGGUGUGUCCUCCUCCUGUGCGUCUCCUGCUCGUCCUGCGGUCGGAGGCUGUGUGGAGCGAUAUGUGGUGGACCGGGCUCAGUUUAAGAGUCUGUAUGAGCUGCUGACGCCCUGGAGCUGUGGCACACACACGGACACCGUCGGUCAGCGCGCCUUCACUCUGCUGGACCAGGACCGAGACGGCCUCGUCACCUUCUCUCAGUUCACGCAGAUGCUGGAUCUUCUGUACUGUGAGGAGCUGAACGAGAAGAUCCGGCUGCUGUAUCGACUGCACAUCCCUCCAGCUCUGAGCGAGGACGCACAAGACUCGUCUCCUCUGAAGAGUCCCGUGUUGUCCAGCACCAGACCUCUCUGUGUCAGCCUGCCCAACGGAGAGAGGAAGUCUUAUGAAGAGCAGCUGCAGCAGAUGCUUCAGGACCUGAGCAGAGAGAAGCAGAAGGACGAGGAGAAGCCUCUUCUUCACAUGAAGCAGCACCAGUUCAUCCAGUUCUGUAAGACGCUCUACAGCAUGUUUCAGGGCGAGCCGGGCGAGGCCGAGCUCUUCCAGGCCAUCGGGAUGGUCACCAGCCUCGUGCUGCAGAUCGGAGAGGCGGGUCAGAGCGGUCAGAGCCCGAGCGAUGAGCACUGGUCAGUCAGCUUCGAGCAGGUGCUGGCCUCUUUACUGACCGAGCAGGUGCUGGUCAACUUCCUGGAGCGGCCCGUCCAUCUGAGCGACAGGGUCAGCGCGGCCAAGCCCCGUCAGUAUCAGGAGCGCGCCGGCCUGCUGAUGAUCCAGCACACACACACACACACGAGUGCCCUGACCCAAUCCCAUGAUGCCCUGGGGCGAGCCGGACUUCCCUCAGCCCUGUGUGUGUGUCAGCAGACCUCACUGACCGACAGAGAGAGAGACCUCUGACCGAAUCAACAACUCACAUGA